CCGCCCCGGGAUAAGGCGCGGCGCGGGGAGGGCUCAGCCCCACGGAGCCGCGGGCAGCGCCGCGCCGAGCCCACCCGUGCCCGAGCCCGAGCCCACCCGUGCCAUGCCCCGGGGCGGCGGCGGCUGCUGCUCCCGGCGGCGCGGCGGGGGCGAAGGGGGAGAGCAGCCCCCCCGGCACCGGCCAUGACCCCGCGGGUGGGCAGCGCCUGAGCGGCCGCCCCGCCAUGCGGCCCCCCACGGCUCGGGACCUGCCCCCAGGCGGGCGCCCGGCGGCCCUGCUGCUGCUGGCGGCGCUGGUGUGGGUGCCCGGCGGGGCUCCCGCCUGCCCCGCGCUCUGCACCUGCUACGUCUCGCCGCCCACCGUCAGCUGCCAGGCCAACAACUUCUCCUCGGUGCCCGCGGGGCUCCCGCCCGGCGCCCGCCGCCUCUUCCUGCAGAACAACGUCAUCGGGGCGCUGCGGGCGGGCACCUUCGGGCCCAGCACCGUCACCCUCUGGCUCUACUCCAACAACAUCUCCUCCAUCCAGCCGGGCACCUUCCGCCACCUGCCCGCCCUGGAGGAGCUCGACCUGGGUGACAACCCGCACCUCCGCGUCCUGGCCCCCGACACCUUCCACGGCCUCCACCGCCUCCAGGCCCUGCACCUGUACCGGUGCCGGCUGGCCAGCCUGCCCAGCGGCAUCUUCCGCGGCCUCCGCAGCCUCCAGUACCUCUACCUGCAGGAGAACGGGCUGCUCUACCUCCAGGACGACCUCUUUGCCGACCUGGCAAACCUAAGCCACCUCUUCCUGCACGGCAACCGGCUGCGGGCGCUGUCAGAGGGCGUCUUCCGGGGGCUGUCGAGCCUGGACCGUCUGCUGCUGCACGCCAACCGGCUGGCAGCCAUCCACCGCCGCGCCUUCGGGGGGCUGGCGCGCCUCACCAUCCUCUACCUGUUCAACAACAGCCUGGUGGCCCUGCCUGGGGACCCGCUGGCGGCCCUGCCCUCGCUUCAGUUCCUGCGUCUCAACGCCAACCCCUGGGCCUGCGACUGCCGCGCGCGCCCGCUCUGGGCCUGGUUCCGCCGCACGCGCGUCUCCAGCUCCCCGGUGCCCUGCGCCAGCCCUCCGCACCGCCGCGGCACCGACCUGCGUCACCUCCGCCCCCGCGACUUCGACGUCUGCCCCGAGGACGACGACGACGAGGAGGAGACGGAAGAUUCCAACGGCGGCGCUGGCAACGGCGUGGCGGUGAUGGGCACUCCAGGGCGGGCGCUGGGUCGCCCCGGGACCCUCCCGGCCGCGCCGCCCUCCGCCUUCUACCGCGACGGGCUGCCCCCCCACGACCUGCGGGGACCCCAGCCCCGGCCGCCACCCCCGUCCCGUGACUCCCGCGGGCCCCCCGAGGACGCCAGCUGCCCCCAUGACCCCUGUGCCCCCAUGGCCGCUGCCGCGCCCCACCGGCCCCCCGUCCUCCUGCCCCUCCUGGCUCUGACCCUGCCCCGACUCUGAGCCCCCCUCGGCACCCCAGGGGUUCCCAGCUCCUCGGGGUGCCCGUGCACCCCUUCUCCCCAGGGGAGGCCUCAAGGACUGUGAGGAACAGCCGGCGGGGGGGGGGCCGGAGGAUGCAGAAGGGGGUCCCCUCCCAUCCUGAGCGGGAAAAACCCCCAACAGGAACCAAAAGGUGGGAAAUUAUUUAUUAAAAAUGGUCUUAUUUUGGGAGAGCGGGGCCUGGCUGCUGUGGGUGGGCCACUGCCGUUCCAGGUCACCGCCUGCCGCUCCUGAAAUAUUGAUGGGAGUGGCGGGUGGCAGGGCAGCGAGGCGUGCAGGGUGCUGUGGGGGGGGACGGAUGGACGCCCUCUGACACGUGCCACACACCCGGUGCCACCGCGGUGACACGCAGGCUUCCGUGACGCCGAUACCCCGCACCCCCUGGAGGGUGCUGGCGGGUGUCACGGGAGCCGCAGGGUGCGGAGCCACCCCCACGCCCUGCACAGCCUGACCCACUUCCCGCAGGCGCUAGCACACAGAUGGAGCAGACGCCGCCGGGCUGUGGGCACAGGGACACAGCCCAUCCCCUACCCCCGGCCCCUCUGGGUGUGUGUCACCCCUGGGCUGCCCCCCGGCAGGUGCCCCUCACACAGCGUGGGGUGUCCCUCGGCGGGUGUGACUCCCUGGGUGUACAUGUCCCUCCGGGCCCUUGUCCCCUCCAGCUGUCCCCGGGGGUGUGUGGGGGUGUCCCUCUGCAUGUGUGCAGACUGUCCCCACGUGCGUGUCCCCAUGCCCCCUCCCCUGUGGUCUCUGGCUGUCCCCAAGUGGUCUUUGCCCAGGCAGAGGUGUCCCUGGGUUGUCCCCACGUGGUCCCAUCUGUGUAUCCUCAACUGGGGCUGGGUGUUGUGGGGGUGUCCCUGUGAGGGUGUUCCUGUGCCCUGCCCCUCUGGGGCUGUGUCCCUGUGCAGAGACCCCCAGCUGUCCCCUCUGGUGACCCCCAGCACAGACAGACAGGGAGGGGCUGAGCCCUGUCCCACCCCACUGGAGAUUACAAGGGGCUCAGCCCAGCUCUGCCUAAUCCGAGGG